UUAUUUUACAAACUUUUUUUGUAUAAAAUCUGUUUAAACAAAAACGUCCGUGAUCUUAAGUAAAUCACAGGCUAGUAUCAUGGAGUUGUUGUUCUUUUUUGAAGUGUUUUUAUUGACAAAAAAACUGUGUAUUGUUCGUGUUGCUUCUAUGUUUGUUUUAUGUGGUUGCCAUCAUGUAAGAAAAAAGAAGUUAUUUACGAUGUUAAGCGUAUCAAAUGUAAAAGUUGCACAAGCAUUUUUAUGGUGAUUUUCAUAGAGUUUCUUUAAAAUAACAUCUUUUAUUUUCAAAGGAAGUAUAUAUUUAAUUUUUACAUAAAUGUCAACGAAGCCUCGAUUUGGUGGUGCACCUAAAUGUGGUCGUUGUGGCAAGUCUGUGUACACUGCGGAGGAAAGGCUUGCAGCUGGUAAAUCGUGGCACUACAUACCCUGUUUCACCUGCAAACUUUGCAAUAAAACCCUCCAGUCCACAACGGUUGCUGAAAACAUGAAAAGUCACGAAAUUUAUUGCAAAUCAUGCUAUGGAAAAAACUUUGGUCCAAAAGGGUACGGUUAUGGCGCGGGCGCGGGUACACUUAGCAUGGAUGGCGGUGACAAAGGCUGGGCAACCGAUAACGCUCCUUUGAGUGAAGCUCUUUAUAACAACAAAUAUUUAGGUGGGAAUGAGUGUGGCCGGUGUGGAGGCUCGGUUUACACUGCAGAAGAACAAAUAGCAGCUGGCUUGUCUUGGCACAAAUCCUGUUUUUUAUGUAAAUCUUGCAACAAAAGACUGGACUCCACAACUGUCCAGGAAAGCAUUGAAGAGCAAGAUAUAUAUUGCCAAGCAUGCUACGGCAGACUAUUUGGACCAAAAGGGUAUGGGUACGGAGCUGGUGCAGGUGCAUUAUCCAACACUGGCAAGGUCCAGGGUUACUAAAAAUAGCUAUUGUACAAUAUUUAUAUAUUAUAUAUACUUAAAAGUUUUUGUAAAGAGUCUUCUGUUGAAGGUAAAUAAUUAUUUUUUAGACUCACUGACAAUGAUAAACUUUUUAGGUACAAGAAGCCUUGUUUUAAAUUUUACGCUUUUUCACCAUUGUCACCGUAACUGACGCUCACCUCAACUGUUCUAAGUAACCGGUGUACAAUUUUUAUUGCACUGAGUCACAGCUUGUAUGUUGGACUCGCCUCGUCAACCUGUAGCGCAUGCUGAGAUUGAUAAUACGUUUUUUAUAGAGCAGUAUGUUUCUUAUUUAGCCUCGAUACUCUUAGUAUUAACUUUAAUUUAGCCUGUAUCAAAUUCCUUCACUUGUCAUAUCUCAACGCAAGUGUGGCAGCUAAGCAGGUGUAGUUGACACAUCUAUUUACUACGUAAUACUUAGCAUUUUAACGUCAGAGGCAGAAUUUUGUUGUGAAUAUUCGAUUUUUAUUCUUUUGCUAGGGUUGCUUAAGGUCGGUUUUCAUUAAAGCAUUCAAAACCGAACCUCCCAACUCCCCGUAUUUGGGCAUGCGCAUCCAACAAUACUUGAGAGAUGCGACAAGAACGCCUUUAGUGAAAGCCGACCCUUCAAGCAGAAGGAUAUUUCAGACUUGUAAAAUAAGCAACAAAUUACAGCUCCGUGUUCUGAUAAAAAACGUGUGGUGAAUAUUAUGCAUAAUUUUAACGGUGCUCUCUGGAAUAACUUUAUGACUGUCGAGUUUAACACUGUUUCAGAGAUGAUUGUGGUGCUUCUUUGAAAUCAGUCAGUGUACGGCAGUCGACACUAUAUCAUACGUAAUUUAUAUAGGCACAAUAGGAGAUAACAUGUACGUGUUUGUGCGAGAAAAUACUUAUUUAUUAAA